AUGGCCAACGGGAGAUGGGCGGGCCCUGGCAGAAUUACUGCUAGUGUCAGUCACCUUCGAUCGUUGGGCAGGUCCAGAAUCAGCAUCCCCAAACUAUCAGCCCACUGUAAAAGCCCAGCCCCCAAGCGCCAUUGGAUUUCUCGUUUCGACGAACAGCAACGCUGGGCAGAAUCUCUGGCUUCUGAUUGGUCCGUCGAUUUAUGCAGCAAUAUAAAACAUCUCUCGCCGCCCCAAAGGUGGGUUGCGGCACAAGUGCAGAUCCUUGGAGGUUUCCUUCUUAUUCCGGCGGCCCACUGUUUAGUAGACAUCAUGAAAACAUCCAUUCGGUGGAGGAUUUACUUCCUCGGGCUUCUUUUAGCUGUCACUACGGUUACGUCUCAAGAGAAUGAAGUUGGAAAGGGCUGUACGUACGAUGACAGAGUAUACGCAGAGGGUGAAGUUUGGCACCCGGAGGUAUGUAAGAUCUGUCAGUGCUCCAAUGGAGAGGCGACCUGCAAAGACGAGGUCUGCCCCGAACCGAACUGUUUGGAUGCAGUGGCAAUUGAAGGGAGUUGUUGCCCUAUCUGCCCGGAUGCUGUUGUCGCAGAUGAUCUUGCCAAGGAAAAACCAAUAGAAGUAGAAUCUGAUGCUCCAGAAGGAGUCCAAGGACAAUCUCCAUUUGGUGGCGGUGAAAAAGCUGGUGUAGCGCCUGCAGGUUUCCCAAGCCACUACUAUGCCGCUGGAAAUCCAGGUCCUCGUGGUAACACUGGACCUGCUGGACCUCCAGGACCCCAAGGAUUUAUGGGACCACGCGGUGAACCCGGAGAGCAAGGACCCCCUGGAUCCCCCGGACCACGUGGACCACCUGGCCCUAACGGACUUCCCGGUUUGAACGGAGAAGAUGGACGUGAUGGAGAGGCAGGAACUCGUGGUUUACCUGGACCCAUUGGACCACGCGGAUCUCCAGGACUUCCAGGACUUUCAGGAGCUAAAGGACAUCGUGGUUUCCGAGGACCUGCUGGCAAGAACGGAGACGCUGGUGCUGCUGGAGAGAAAGGUAACACUGGACCUUCUGGUGCUCCCGGUGCCCCCGGACCACAAGGUCUUCGUGGAUCCCAUGGAGAGCGCGGACGUGAUGGAGCUCCUGGACCUGCAGGUAUCCGUGGUAAUGACGGACAACCUGGUGCUCCCGGACCAGCUGGACCCAUUGGACCACCCGGACCUCCUGGCUUCCCCGGUAUCUCUGGCGCUAAGGGAGAUGCUGGACUUGCUGGACCCCGUGGUACUCAAGGUAUUGCCGGUGGACGUGGUGAGAACGGACUUCCAGGACCCCCAGGUCCAAGUGGAAACCCAGGUCUUCCUGGAGAGGCUGGAGCUUCUGGUGCAAAAGGUGAUCGCGGAGCUAUAGGACCAGCUGGUGGCCCAGGAUUCCCUGGACCUCAAGGACCUAGCGGACAAAGCGGAAAUCCUGGACCCGCCGGAGAGAAAGGUGAUACUGGAGUCGCUGGCGGUCCCGGCCCAAGCGGAGAGAUGGGACCCCGUGGAGCACCCGGUGCUUCUGGAGAACGCGGUGUUGCUGGACUUUCUGGACCUGAAGGAAAGAGAGGACCUGCUGGACCUCCCGGUGCCCCUGGACCCCAAGGAAAUAUUGGUGAAAGUGGUGCUCCCGGUAUGAGAGGAUUCCCUGGAUCUCCAGGUAUGGCUGGUGCCCCCGGACCAUCUGGUGAGCGUGGCGCAUCCGGAGAACGCGGAGAAACAGGAAAAGAUGGACUUAUGGGACGUCAAGGUAGACGCGGACCAGCAGGACCACGCGGUUCAAUGGGAAAACCAGGACAAGAUGGAGCUAUGGGCGCACCAGGAGAACCUGGUAACCCAGGAUUUGAUGGUAAAACUGGAGAACAAGGACCCCAAGGUAUUCAAGGUCUUCCUGGACUUCAGGGAUUAAGUGGACCACAGGGUGAUCAGGGACCUGCUGGACGUGAUGGUGACACUGGACCAAUUGGAGCUCGCGGUCUUACUGGUGAAUCUGGCCCACCCGGAGAAGCUGGACCAACUGGAGCACCUGGACCUUCAGGACCUCAAGGAGAACGUGGUUUGCCCGGAAAUGCCGGAUCCCCAGGCUUCCAGGUGAGUUGCAACUUGAUAUGA